AUGGCUUCUACUGUGGACGUAGAUGCCGUCCUCGGGACCUUGACCAUUGAAGAAAAGAUAUCUCUUUUAGCCGGAGCAAACUUCUCCAGUACCGCAGAUGUGUUACCCAAGGGCGUCCCCUUUGUCAAGGCCGUAGAUGGUCCCAAUGGCGUACGAUCGGCAGCCAUUGAUGCUGAUGUCCGUUCAGCAUGCUUCCCGGCUGCUUGCUGCAUUGCAUCAACCUUCGAUGCUGACAUCGCACGGCACAUGGGUGAGGCGCUUGCCGAGGAAGCGAUCCUCAAGGGAGCACACUGCGUCCUCGGGCCGACUGUUUGCAUCCAUCGUCAUCCACUGGGCGGACGCAAUUUUGAGAGUUUUAGCGAAGAUCCCCUCCUUGCUGGCAAGCUGUCCUCUCAGAUCAUCUCCGGGCUUCAAAGUCAAGGCGUCUCGGCUACGAUCAAGCAUUUCGUGGCGAACGAGCAGGAGACGGCCAGAACGACGGUAAAUGAAACAAUUAGCGAACGUGCAUUGAGAGAGAUCUAUCUCAAGCCAUUUGAGAUUGCUGUAAGAGAGGCUAAUCCCUGGGCUAUAAUGACCGCUUAUAAUUUGGUCAAUGGCGAACACUGUGACUCGCACCAACAACUUCUCCAAACUGUUCUGAGGGGUGAAUGGGGCUGGGACGGUCUAGUCAUGAGCGACUGGGGCGGUACUAACUCGGUUUCUGAUGCUCUGAUUGCCGGCCUUGACCUUGAGAUGCCUGGGCCUCCUCGGAUUCGGAAGAUACCGGCUGUGCUCAAAGCCCUCGAAAAUGGAGAGAUUUCCGAGGACACCAUUAACUCGCGAGCCAAAUCCGUCCUGAAAUGGGUAUACAAACUGAAAUCUCUCGAGAAACACGGCUCCGAGACUGUUGUGGCCAAUAAGCCUAAACACAGAACGUUUAUUCGGGAUGCUGCUGCAAAAGGCAUGGUUCUCUUGAAGAACAACAAUAACAUUCUCCCUCUCGCGAAGGACAAGGUGCGAGGCAAGAAGAUCGCUUUGAUCGGCUUUGCUAAAGACGCAAUGGCACACGGAGGCGGCAGCGCAAGUGUGAAUUCGUAUUACAAGGUGACGCCGUGGGAAGCCCUGCAGGGUGCUCUCGGUGACUCGGUAGAGUUCACCUUCUCCAAGGGUGCGCAUAAAGAACGUCUUUUACCACCACUUACCAAAGAUGAUCAAAGCUGUGGAACUGUUGUUGGUCUUGACGGAAGCGCUGGAUUCUCUCGACUGCUCUUUGAGAGCGGCAAACCUGAGCCCGUGUCUACUAGUCACGGGUACCCAAGGUCAGCUUAUUCUCCCCUUGGAUCCCAGGAAUCUCUUAACAGAGCAUUGGAAAUUGUCGGUGAUUUUGUUCCCUCCGAGACGGGUGUGCACUACAUCGCCUGCUCUGGACUUGGGCCAACCAAGGUUAGCAUUGACGGGGAGGUGAUCUUUGAGCAGAGUGGCAACUGUUCUGAUCCGAUGGGUUCACUGUUUUUGGCAGCGCCUGAGCCCGAGAUCAAGCACUCUUUCGAGAAGGGUCGCAAGUACCGUCUGCGCAUUCAAAGCGACCCGCCUGCAAACAUCGGACUCGAGAUUCUUGAAGGGCGUAGCGGCGUGCGCCUUGGGUUCUCACUGGAGUCAGACCAUGACGCAGACCUGGAAGGCGAUGCGGUGCAGGCAGCCAAGGAUGCCGACUAUGCGAUCGUCUUCACAGGCCAUGACCCGCAAUGGGAAACAGAGGGCCGGGACCAGGACUCCUUUAAUCUUCCCCGGCAGCAGAAUUCUCUCGUGUCCGCAGUGGCAGCUGCGAACAGUAACACGAUUGUGGUGAACUCGACAGGUGUUGCAAUCUCCAUGCCAUGGCUUGACAGUGUCCAGGGACUGGUUCAGGCCUGGUUUGGUGGUCAAGAGUGCGGGAAUGCCAUUGCAGAUGUCUUGACUGGCACCGCAAACCCUGAAGGCCGGCUCCCUGUAAGCUUUCCAAGAAAUAUCGAGGACGCUCCCGCAUACGGAAACUUCCCUGGUACCACAGUUGACGGUAGAUUGGAGGUUACAUACGCGGAAGGAGUCUUCGUUGGAUAUCGACAUUACGACCGUGUGGAAUCAAGCAAAUUAAACUUUGCAUUCGGCUACGGCUUGUCUUAUACAUCAUUCAACUAUGGAAAGAUGCAAGUUGAGGCAGUUGAGGAAAGGGAUGAUAGCUUUUCCAUCAACUUGAAUGUGAAGAAUACUGGAGAGGUGGCAGGAGGAAGUCUUGUGCAAGUGUAUGUUGGACGAGCAUCUCAAUCCUCGGAUCACCCAAUCAAGUCCCUGGUCGCAUUUCAAAAAGUACGACUCAGCCCUGGAGAAGAGAGAAACGUUAGUCUCUCAGUUUACACCAAAGACUUUGCCUACUUCGACGAGGAGAGCAGCAAGUGGGUUGUGGAUGCAGCAGAGUAUUCGUUCUUCUUAUGCUCAUCUGCUGCGGACAUUCUACAAACCGUAUCCGUGGCUGUAAAAGGACAAAUAUUUGCCCUUUGA